AGGAGGUUGGUGAGGAGGAGAAGAGGAGGAUGAGGUGGUUGAGGAGGAGGAGGAGGCUGUCACGGUGAAGCCGCCAACGCCGCCGCCUGAAACCAAUUGCUUCUUCAGAGAGCCCAUGAGCGGGCAGCCGCGAUGCGAUGCGGCUCCGGACCAUGAUGGGACGGAUUUCCAUAGGAUGCUACCUGAGUUGUGGCAUCCUCGUGAUUUUCGCCUCUCGAGUCCCGGCUACCUCGGCGAGAGGGUCCAGGGGCGAGGCCCUCCAGUCCGGGACCCUCCCCCGCUUCCUGCAGGAGCCCGACGACGCCUACAUCAUCAAGAGCAACCCCAUCCAGCUGCGCUGCCGGGCCCAGCCCGCGCUGCAGAUCUUCUUCAAGUGCAACGGGGAAUGGGUCCAUCAGAGCCAGCACCUGGCCCAGGAGCACACCGACCUGGGCACCGGGGUGAAGUUCCGCGAGGUCCUGAUUAACGUGUCGCGGCAGCAGGUGGAGGACUUCCACGGGCCCGAGGACUACUGGUGUCUGUGUGUCGCCUGGAGCCACCUGGGGACGUCCAAGAGCCGCAAGGCCAGUGUCCGCAUUGCAUACCUGAGGAAGAACUUUGAGCAGGACCCCCAGGGCACCGAGGUGCCUCUUAAGGGCAUGAUCAUGCUGCACUGCCGGCCCCCAGAGGGCGUGCCAUUGGCCGAGGUAUCCUGGCUGAAGAACGACGAACCGCUGAACAUGGACACUAAGGUCGGCGAGAGAGCCGACAACAACCUGAUCAUCUCCGAGGCCCGCCUGUCUGACUCGGGCAACUACACCUGCCUGGCGAGCAACAUCGUGGCCAAGCGGCGCAGCGCAAACGCCGCCGUGGUCGUUUACGUGAACGGCGGCUGGUCUCUGUGGACCGACUGGUCACUGUGUAACGUGCGCUGUGGGCGGGGCUUGCAGAAGCGCUCGCGCACCUGCACCAACCCAGCGCCACUCAACGGGGGGGCCUUCUGCGAGGGCAUGUCGGUACAGAAGAGCACCUGCAUCACACUCUGUCCAGUGGACGGCGGCUGGGGCCCGUGGAGCCUGUGGACGGCGUGCGGCGUGGACUGCGGGCGCCAGCGGAGCCGGGACUGCGCCGAGCCCGAGCCGCGGCACGGGGGCCGGCCCUGCGAUGGCCCCGGGCUGGGGGCCAACAACUGCACCGGGGGCCUCUGCAUACAGAAUGGAAAGCUGCUUCAUGACAUCAAGCCACAAGAGGUGGAGAGCAGCAGUGACGUGGUGCUGUACUCUGGGCUGAGUGCGGGGGUCCUGACGGUGGUGGUCCUGAUCGUGGUGGUCACUCUGUACCGGAGGAGCCACAGCGAGUACGGUGUGGACGUCAUCGACUCCUCCGCCCUCACCGGCGGCUUCCAGUCCUUCACCUUCAAGACGUCCUGCCAAGGAAACCCCCUGCUGAUCAACUCAUCCAUGCAGCCUGACCUGAGCGGGUCGCGGACCUACACCAGCCCCAUGUGCUUUCAGGACUCCAUGGACAAGGAGCUGAUGGCCGACCACUCCCUGCUGGACCCGCUGCCCGACAUCAUGGUCAAAGGGAGAGGGGAGAGGGCUGAGUGCCACGUGAUGUCCCAUCCCAGGACCUUCCCGCGGGGCGUGGCGCCAGACUACCAGGGCGUGAGCGUAGACGCCACGCUGGGCCGCAGGGGGAAGACCCUCUUCAUCCCGCACGGCCUGCCCCGGCCUCCUCCCCCUCCUCUACCUCCCCCGCUGAAGACCACCAGGGUGCUGGGCCACGCCGGAGGAAGGCUGGUCGUACCCAACACUGGCAUUAGCCUGUUGGUGCCCCACGGAGGGAUAGCUGAAGACACGAGCUGGGAGAUGUACAUGAUCAUCAACCAGGAGGACAGCAGCCCGGGGCCAGAGGAGGAGGGCGAGGUCCUGCUGGGCCCGGAGGUGACCUACGGCCCCCCGGGGCUGGACCUGUCCUGCCCCGUGGCUCUGUCGGUGGCGCACUGCGCCGACCUCAGCGGCCCCGCCGACGCCACCUGGGCCGUCCGUCUGAAGAGGAGGACCCCGGAGAACAAGUGGGAGGAAGUGAUGUCCAUGGACGAGGAGAGCACCUCCUGCUACGGCCUCCUGGAGGCGGAGCGGUGCCACCUGCUGCUGGGCCGCCCGGGCCGCUACGCCCUGGUGGGCCGGCCCCUGAGCCAGGCAGCCGCCAAGAGGCUGAGGCUGGCCGUGUUCGGGAGCCCCGACCUCAGCAACCCGCUGGGCUACAACCUGAGGGUGUACUGUGUGGACGACACCCCCCACGCCCUGCAGGCCGUGGCGGUGCUGGAGUGUGUGAGGGGAGGCCGUCUGCUGGAGGAGCCCAGGACGCUGCAGUUCAGUGGGGACGGCUUCAGCCUGCAGGUCUCCAUCCAGGACCUCCCACAGCUCCUCUGGAGCAUCAAACCCUUCACCACCUGCCAGGAGUUCUCGUUCGCCCAGGUGUGGGGCCGGGAUCACCACCCGCUGCAGUGUGCCUUCUCCCUGGAGCGCCUCGGCCCCUCGCCCACGCCCCUGCAGCUCUCCUGCAAGAUCAGUGUACGGCAGGUCAAAGGUCGCGAGCAGAUCCUCCAGGUGUACACGCCGGUGGCAGAGAGUGAAAAGCGGCCGAUUCCUCUCUUCCAGCCUUCAGCCUUCAAGAUACCCCCGUCCAUCCAUCAGCGUAUCUGUGCCACCUUUGACGCGGCCAACUCCAAGGGCAAUGACUGACAGCUGUUGGCCGAGAAGAUAUGUAUUCUCCAAUGUUGUCUCUGGGUCCACUUAAGAAAUUGAAGAUACUUAUUCACAAUCGAUUAAUGGAUGAUACAUGGCAAUCAAAUUUCACGUGGGUCAAUAUUGUAAAUAUGAAACUGUUCUUAAUGUUUUAUCUGGAAAAAUA